AGACCAUUUCGGAGGCGCGACCGACGCGCCACGCAGGAGGCACUAGCACGAGCGCGUGCGUACGUAAGCGCGCGCUGACUCUAGCGCGAGGAGGCCCCGCCUUCCCGACCCGCCCCCGCCGGCCUCUCCUGCUGCUAUCCUCCGGGAGCUGAGGAUCCCGGCGCCCGCGCGCACCCUGCGGCUAUGGAGGUCCCUGGGAGCCUGUGCAAGAAAGUCAAGCUGAGCAAUAAUGCGCAGAACUGGGGGAUGCAGAGAGCAACUAAUGUUACCUAUCAGGCUCAUCAUGUCAGCAGGAACAAGAGAGGUCAGGUCGUGGGGACCAGAGGUGGUUUUCGUGGUUGCACAGUUUGGCUAACAGGCUUGUCUGGAGCAGGAAAGACCACAGUGAGCAUGGCUUUAGAGGAGUACUUGGUGUGCCACGGUAUCCCAUGCUACACGUUGGACGGUGACAACAUUCGUCAAGGUCUCAAUAAAAAUCUUGGCUUCAGUCCUGAAGACAGAGAGGAGAAUGUUCGACGCAUCGCAGAAGUUGCUAAGCUGUUUGCAGAUGCCGGCUUAGUAUGCAUCACCAGUUUUAUAUCCCCGUAUACUCAGGAUCGCAACAAUGCAAGGCAGAUUCAUGAGGGUGCAAGUUUACCUUUUUUUGAAGUGUUUGUUGAUGCCCCUUUGCAUGUUUGUGAACAGAGGGAUGUCAAAGGACUCUACAAAAAAGCUCGGGCUGGAGAAAUCAAAGGUUUCACUGGAAUCGAUUCUGAGUAUGAGAAGCCAGAGGCUCCUGAGUUGGUGCUGAAGACAGACUCCUGUGAUGUGAACGACUGUGUGCAGCAGGUGGUGGAGCUUCUGCAGGAACGGGAUAUCGUACCUGUGGACGCCUCUUACGAAGUGAAGGAAUUGUAUGUGCCAGAAAAUAAACUCCAUCUGGCAAAAACAGAUGCAGAGGCAUUACCAGCAUUGAAAAUUAAUAAAGUGGAUAUGCAGUGGGUGCAGGUUUUGGCAGAAGGGUGGGCAACCCCACUGAACGGCUUUAUGAGAGAGAGGGAGUAUUUGCAGUGCCUUCACUUUGAUUGUCUUCUGGACGGGGGUGUCAUUAACUUGUCAGUGCCUAUAGUUCUGCCGGCUACUCAUGAAGAUAAAGAGAGGCUGGACGGCUGUACGGCAUUUGCUCUGAUGUACGAGGGCCGCCGCGUGGCUAUUCUUCGCAACCCAGAGUUUUUUGAGCACCGUAAGGAGGAGCGCUGUGCCAGGCAGUGGGGAACAACAUGCAAGAACCACCCCUACAUCAAGGUCCCAAGCAAACCUUGCUGCAUUUUAUCUCAGUUUCCCAGUAUUGUUUGUGCUGAAGUGUGGGCAUUACCUAUGGUUAUGGAACAAGGAGAUUGGCUAAUUGGAGGAGAUCUUCAAGUCUUGGACCGAAUUUACUGGAAUGACGGUCUUGAUCAGUACCGUUUCACUCCUACUGAGCUAAAGCAGAAGUUUAAAGAUAUGAAUGCUGAUGCUGUCUUUGCCUUUCAAUUACGCAACCCAGUGCACAAUGGACAUGCUCUGUUAAUGCAGGAUACCCAUAAGCAACUUCUAGAGAGGGGCUAUCGGCGCCCUGUCCUUCUCCUUCACCCUCUUGGUGGCUGGACAAAGGAUGAUGAUGUUCCUUUGAUGUGGCGUAUGAAGCAGCAUGCCGCAGUGCUGGAGGAAGGAAUCCUGAAUCCUGAAACAACAGUGGUGGCCAUCUUCCCAUCUCCCAUGAUGUAUGCUGGGCCAACUGAGGUCCAGUGGCAUUGCAGGGCGCGGAUGGUUGCAGGAGCCAAUUUUUACAUUGUUGGACGAGACCCUGCUGGCAUGCCUCAUCCAGAAACAGGGAAGGAUCUAUAUGAGCCAACUCAUGGUGCCAAAGUGCUGACAAUGGCCCCUGGCCUAAUCACCUUGGAAAUAGUUCCCUUUCGAGUUGCAGCUUACAACAAGAAAAAGAAGUGUAUGGACUACUAUGACUCUGAACACCAUGAAGACUUUGAAUUUAUUUCAGGAACACGAAUGCGCAAACUUGCUCGAGAAGGCCAGAAACCUCCAGAAGGUUUUAUGGCUCCCAAAGCCUGGACUGUGCUGAUGGAAUACUACAAAUCCUUGGAGAAAGCUUAAGCUGUUGACCCAGUCACUCCACCUUUGACACUUCACUGAGUAACAAGAGGGGACCACGUAAUUACUGUUGGCAUUUCUUUGUGGUGGUGUCUGUCCGGAUAUACUUCCUAAAAACAGACCGCUUUCCUUAACUAGUGUCAGUUUUGGUCUGCCUUACGAGUUUUGUUUUGAAAUAGUGUAACACACUGCUGGUUUUAAUGUAUCUUUUCCACUUAUUAUAGUUAAUAUUCCUACAGUACAGUUUUAAAAUCUUGUCUUUUUAUAUUUAUGCUUCUGUCUUAUGAUUUUUUCAAGCUGUUGUAUUAGUUGUAACCAAUAGUAUACACAUUGAAUCUCAUUUUUCAUCUCUUGACGAAAGAAAAAAAACCCUCUAAACAAUAAACUUGGCUAGACUUUGUUUUGGGAAUUUUACAAGACAUCUGUAGCAAUUAGAUUUUCUUUUUCUACAUUGAAAAUAUAAACUGCUUUUUUCUUUCCUUCCAAUAAGCUAUUGAUCUCUCAGCCGUUAUAAUCUAUCUAUUCUUAUGAUCUGUGUAAGCCCUAAAUGAACUUUCUUUAUUCAGUAACAUUAAACUUUUUGGCUUCGUA